UGCUAUUAUUAUUAUACUAUUCCAUCAAUUCAUGUUCUGUAAAGUCGACAUGAAAGGAGAAAGAUUGCAAUCUCAAAUUUUCACACGCAAAACUUAGCACACGUAUUUACACCAAACUUAGAAUCAGCAUUUACAUCUAAAGAUUAGUCAAAACCACACAUUGGAAUUGGAUCCCUACACAUCUAAUCUCAAGAUUGCUCUCAAAGAAUUGAAUACUCCAUUUUCCUCUCUCAUGGCGAUUCUCAUCUUCUUCUUUUUCAUCAGUUUUAUAGUUCCAUUUUCUUCUUCCCUUGAGCACCAUUCCCACUUAACCAAACAAAGUCUUCGCCAAAAUAACACUACUUCUUCGCAGCAAUACUUGGAAAUCACUCCUCCAUUGCCAUUUGCUAAUCUCACUCCUUCAUGCACUUUUCAUAUCCUCACCCACAACUUCAGCAAUACAAUAGGUCUUCCACCGCUCUCUGUAUUAUACUCUCCUCCCUCCAAUUGCUCUUGGACCCACGUAUCUCUUCAGUUCAAUGCUUCUUCCAAUGGUUUUCAAUACGACCGUAUCGCUGCCGUUUGGCUUGACGGCGCCGAGCUCCUCCGUACUAGCACCCCCGAGCCUACUGAUAACGGCGUUUUCUGGUCCGUUAUUAAAGACGUCACCAGGUACUCCUCCAUCCUGGUCAACGCCAAUAAAUCUCUUUCUGUCAUGUUAGAAAAUAUGGUCAACGAUGUUUAUACAGGCGUUUAUCAUGUUAAUGUUAGUUUCCUCUACUAUGAUGUUAAGGCUGUGGGAGAAAUAGGAGCGAACAAUUUGAAAAGUUCCUAUGAAAAACCGGCAGAUUUGAUAAUACCAAUAACAUCAGGAAAUGGGAGUGAAGGAUUUUGGUUCCGAAUUCUAAACGAAUCGGAGUUGCAUGGACAGAGAGUUAUUAUUCCGAAUAACACAUAUAAAGCUGUGAUUGAAAUUUAUGUAUCAUCUCAUGGGUAUGAUGAGUUUUGGUACUCAAAUCCUCCAGAUUCGUACAUACAGAAUAAUAGUUUGACUACCCGGAGAGGCCACGGAUCGUACAGGGAAGUUUUGUUGAAUAUAGAUGAGUAUUUGGUAGGAUCUGUGGUUCCGUUCCCGGUUAUUUUCGCAGGUGGAAUUAAUCCUCUGUAUUGGGAACCACUUGUUUCAAUAGGGGCAUUUGAUCUUCCUUCUUAUGACAUUGACUUAACAUCAUUUUUGGGGGUUUUACUUGAUGGCCAAGAUCACUUUUUUGGGCUUGGAGUUGCGGAUAGUAUCCCAUUCUGGCUUGUGGAUGCGAAUUUGCACCUUUGGUUGGAUAGCAAUGAAGUGCAGGCUAAAGCUUUUGAUUUGGGUACUCCUAAGUUCAAGAUUGAGCGGUCUUCGAGUUUUAUAGGGUUGGAUGGGUCAUUUGAGGUUGAGUUGAAGAGGAAGAGCGAGAUUUCUUCUUGGGUGAAUUCAUCAGCAGGCAAUUUGACUACUAUAGUUUCGCGAGAAUUGAAGUUCAAGAACAAGAUAAAUUUUUAUCUGAACGGAACUGAGAAGCACAUUAAGCAAAAAGUGGAAGAGGAGAUUGAAGUUAGAGUAGUGUCUAUUAGUGGAGGCAACAUCUCUAAGACCAAAGUAAAGAGGAAAUAUCCGCUUACUAUAACCAGUAAGACUUUGCCAUCAACGGAGAAUGGUACAAGUUUGAUGCUUUCUGAUUUGGACCACGAAUGGAAGGAGAAGAAGAAGUUGGAUGGAGGUUCUUCAAGCAGUUUGACAAAUCGGCAGCAAUGCAAAGGGUGGAUGGUUGUUCAAGAUCACAAUGUUCUAUAUGGUGGCGCAACCACUCAACAGAGUUAUUCUUAUGAGGGUGAAGCUGGUUGCUAUUCUCGAAGCAUUACAGCUGCCAAUGGCAAGCUUAUGAAUGACACUGCAAACAGUCUUUGUGCAGCAGCUCCUUUGAAGUUUGGAUCAUAUUCUGCUUUGUGACACUCUGUUUGAAGAAUCCUCUAUUGCCCUACAAUCAUCACGUGUGUAGGUAGCAUUAGACUAGAUUUUGGUUUCUGUUUAAAUAGUUUGCCUGUACGGUUUAUGUUUUUGUGUGAAAGGUGCAGGCUUCAAUAAGGGUGUGAGGUGUCUGGAAAUGAACUUUAUUUGCUUCAUGUAAUCAUCUUUCUUGCUUUCGCCUA